AUGCGCAAAGACGCGAUACAGACUCGCAAGAGAAAGUCGAAAAAGCGCCGAGACUACGCGGCAGUAGCAGUUGCCGCGGCUGCGACUAACGCCGCAAUGGCGGCAGUCGUUUCCAGCGUCACCGCGAUUGGCCUACCGAAUGGACCAAUCGGCUGUGUCAGUUCUAGCGGACCAAUCAGCACCGGCCUAGCCUCAGCCAAUGGUCCAUUAGCCCGAGUUGUUGGCCUGACCAGCUCAUCUGUGGCCAGCCUUCACUCGGCGGUACCGGCGUCGGCCGCCACCUCGGCCGGCUUGUAUGCUGCCAUGCGGCCCUGUCUGAUGCAGACGAACCCGGCCAGCCUCAACGACGCCUAUCCCGGCCACAUGUACAGCCACGGCCAGCCGCACCAAUCACAUCAAUCGCAACAACCGAUCCACCCUUCCGGAGGUAAGCCGGCAUGA